GGGUUUGUCUUCAUUUUUGUGUGACCAAAGUGCAGCUGGAAACUUGGGCCUUUUAGAUUUAUCAAACAAUCAGAUAAAGGAACAAAUUCCAGAUUGUUGGAAGCGUGUAGAUACACUACUGGUUCUUGAUUUAAGCCACAAUAAAUUGUCUGGGAAGAUUCCCAUUUCCUUGAGCACCCUUGUUAAAUUGAAAGCAUUGGUUUUAGGCUACAAUAAUUUAAUGGGUGGAUUGCCUUCUACUUUGAAGAAUUGCAGCAAUUUAAUUAUGCUUGAUGUGGGUGAAAAUAUGUUAUCCGGUCCAAUACCAUCAUGGAUCGGAGAAAGUAUGCACCAACUGAUAAUCUUGAACAUGAGAGGGAAUAACUUCUCUGGAAAUCUUCCCAAUCAUCUUUGCUAUUUGAAGCACAUUCAAUUGUUGGAUCUUUCACGGAAUAAGUUAUCCAAAGGAAUUCCAACGUGCUUAAAGAAUUUUACUGCAUUGUCUGAAAAAAGCAUCAACAGAAGUGAUACUAUAUAUCGUGUAUAUUGGUACAAUCGUAGUUACUACGAAUUUGACAGUCUCAGUUUGGGUGAUUAUACGUUUGACGUAACAUGCAUGUGGAAAGGUGUGGAACAUGGGUUCAGAAAUCCAGAAUUGUUUCUCAAGAGCAUUGAUCUUUCAAGUAAUAAUUUAACAGGUGAAAUACCAAAAGAGGUUGGAUAUUUGCUUGGGUUAGUUUCUUUGAAUUUAUCAAGAAACAAUCUGAGCAGAGAAAUUCCUCCAGAGAUCGGAAAUUUAAGUUUGCUAGAUUCCCUUGACUUAUCAAGAAAUCAUUUCUUUGGGCAAAUUCCUUCUUCUUUUUCUGAAAUUGAUGGUCUAGGCAAAUUAGACUUGUCAGACAAUUCUCUUUCCGGAAGAAUCCCAUCAGGAAGACAUUUCGAGACCUUUGAAGCCUCUAGUUUUGAAGGAAAUGUUAAUCUUUGUGGUGAACAACUUAACAAAACUUGUCCUGGAGAAGGGGAACAGACAACAGCAAAGCCUCAAGAAUCAGCAGUCAACGGUGAUGAUUCGGUUUUCUAUGAAGCAUUAUACAUGAGCUUGGGGAUUGGAUACUUCAUUGGGUUUUGGGGCUUCUUAGGACCAAUACUACUUUGGCUUCCUUGGAGAAAUGCUUACAUGAGGUUCCUGAACAGAUUGACAGGCUACAUAUAUGUAUGGUUGUUGUAAAUGUGGCAAAGUGUUGCUGGUGGCUCGAAGGCAAAAAGAUGUGGUGCACGCUUCGGAUCAGAGAAGAAAUCAUUGUUGGCAGCUACAAGUGCGAGAUAUUUCUUUAGUAUAGGAGUUUACAAUGUUUGGUAUUUAAGUAAUGAACUGCAAAAUCUUGUUUCCAGAAACUUAGUAUGAUAUUGUUGUAUUUUAUUGUAUAAUAUAUUAGUAAUGCUGUUUGUUUUUCAUUAUUGUGCUUAGAUCUGUGAUAUCUAGAAUUUGACAACUUAAUAUUUCAUCUUCAACAAUGCUUUCUACUA